AUGGCGAGCGAACAAUUGAAAACAGUCACCUCCACCCCAAAUGGCCAUGCCAUCAAAGACCCUUUGCCAGAUCAUCCGGAGUUCGAGGAGGUGACGGCAUUAAAGCCAAGCUCAACCCUCUUGAGCAAGGCAUGGGAAGACCUUAAGCGGAAUCAAUGUCUCUUGCGCAGUGACAUGUCUCUGACCGUGGACGAAAUUGGCGAUCCUGGGGCCGAUGAAGAGAGAUAUUUGAUAGUCGGGUACGCUUUUCCUAAGGAGCUGAACGCGCUACGGAAGAAAGCCAGUUUCCAGAAGGGAGAAGAACCAGACGGUACUGUCGAUCCUGACAAGUACGUUGCCGACUGGGAGAAGGACAACUUCCCGUAUUAUGUGGUCACCCGCAUCAUCACAACAAAUCAAAAUCAUUCGAUCCAACUGUACGCUUUGCUGAAAUGCGACGAAAGCGCCACGUUCUCUACACCCUUCGCUGUUGAGCAGGAUAACGUCUUCUAUAGACACGAAUUUCGUGGUCUUAGCACAAACGCCAGAGACCGAAGAUCGAGCUGGAAUGAACUCGUUGCUCAACAUGCGAUCCGAUGCGAAGAAGCUGUGCCAACCAAAGCAGCCAGACCUAGACGGUACCACUCCGAGCAACGCGGUAACCUCAUGGUUCAGGGCGGCGAGUCUUUGGCUCCCGAACUCUGCAUGUUGGCAUCAUUGUUCCAUGAGACAAAGUCACCUGCAUACCUCGAGCAAAAGGUGCAAGCCCUACAUCGUGCCUAUCCCGAUUUGGAGCAACAGGCUCCCCCUGAGAAUGCAGGUCUGAACGCGUUCUACGACAAAAAAGCCCCUGGAUUCAGCAGUGCCGAUGCGCAGGAUGUUGUGGAGGACAUGCUUGCCGUAGAGCCCACUCUUGAAGACCUCACGGCAGACCGCGUAAUGGCGUUAAAGAAACAUUUGGACUCUUGCGGCGAAGAAUACGAAUAUCGACACGUCAAACUUAUCAUAGCCGGGGGCAUGGCUGCAAUGAAGAGCAUUAAGUCAGGCAAGAACUCUUCUUUUGAUUCUGUCCAGCUUAUCCAGUUGUUGAAGAAUGUGGGGAAAAUCUUUCCGUCCUCAACAGCGGGAAAGCCUUAUUGCGCCCCUAAGGAAGCUAACACUAUGCUUCUAACCUCGCUUACGUACAAAUUGAAAGAACUUGUCGAUCACUGGGAUCACUCCUGUGCGCAAGUCCGAGACAGUCUCGGGAACACAGGGUUGCCGGGAAUCGGCUAUGAGGACAUGCGAGGCCAGCUGGCAGAGGCUGUGGAUGCACCAGCAUUACAUCUCCUUCUCUCACAAAUCGCCCGGAAUGUGCUGGCAAAGUAUGAAAAUAUCCUCGCGGAUGGUCUCGUUGGUCCAAUGAGACGGAUCACCGAGCGUCUGGAGCUAUACAUCUUGUCAUCGGAGGAUACAGCCACAGACGUCAAAAGGCACAGCCGGGGAAAGUACCAACAGCGAGAGGAGUAA